AUAUAUGUGUCCACCCUUAAACAUGUAUGUCCAUGCAGUACUCCUCUUGUUUCUUUCAUGGCUCCUCUUAUUAGCACAACCCACAAUACUAGCAAAAAACGUAACCGCCAACAUCGCCGCUGUAACCUCCAACAGCUUCCUCAGCACCAAGCCCAACUGCCAACCUAAAUGCGGAAACCUAAACGUCCCUUACCCGUUCGGCAUAGGGGCUGCCUGCUCCUUGGAUUCGAACUUCAUAAUCAACUGCAGCAAUUCAAAGCCCUUCAUGGACGAACUCGUGGUCUUAUCCAUCUCACCAACCCAAGUCCGGAUCCGAAACGUUGUCGCUUCCAUGUGCUACAACAAGACCGGGGCCGUGACCAAUAAUAUUGGCCUGGCCUGGACUUCGUUGCCGUUUGACGAGCCAUACACCUUUUCGGACACCGCAAAUAAGUUGACGGUCGUCGGCUGCGAUGACCGGGGCGAACUCUGGGCGUAUAGUCAAGCUGGGAGCCUCACUAGUGGGUGUGGGUCCAUAUGCUCCAACAGUACGAACAUGACUGGUGCUAAUUGUCCCGGUAUUGGUUGCUGCCAAACCGAUAUUCCAAAGGGGCUCAAGAAGUACAACAUUUCCCUUAGUAGCUUUUACAAUCAUACUCAGGUUUGGUCAUACAACAACUGUAGCUAUGCGUUUGUGGGAGAGCAGGAUAGAAUUAGCAGCCUAUCAGAUUUUUUGGACCCCAAUUUCGUGUACCAAGUACCCAUAGUACUUGAUUUUGCUAUUGGAAACCAGAGCUGUGAUGAAGCCCGAAACUCAAAUGCAUAUUUGUGCCAGCCGAAUACUUCAUGUUCUAAUAAUAUGGAUGGUGGCUCUAGAGGAUAUCGUUGCAGUUGCAAAGAUGGUUACAAGGGCAAUCCUUAUCUCAGUCCUGGAUGCAUAGAUAUUGACGAAUGCGAAGAUCGCAACCUUAAUGACUGUGAUGGAAAUGCAACUUGCACCAAUACUCCAGGAAAUUUUAGUUGUUCUUGUAAUCAUCGUUACGUUGGGGAUGGACGUGGGUGCACUCGUCAGGCCUCACAAAUCUCAGUGAUCAAGUUAUCUCUAGGACUGAGCUUUGGCUUCGUGUCAUUACUGAUUGGUGUAAUUUGGAUAUAUUCCUGCAUCAAUAGAAGGAAGCUAAUCAAACUAAGAGAGCAAUUCUUCAAACAAAACGGUGGCUUAUUAAUGAAACAAAAAAUUUCUUCAAUUGAAGGAACAAGUGCGGAGUCAUCAAAAAUCUUUACUGCUGAAGAGCUAAAGAAAGCCACAAACAACUAUGCUGAGAACCGAAUACUUGGGCGUGGUGGAUACGGUGUGGUUUACAAAGGAAUUUUACCAGACCAACGCGUAGUCGCCAUCAAAAAGUCCAAAGUAAUGGAUGCGAACCAAGUAGAGCAGUUUAUCAAUGAGUUGUUGAUAGUAACACAAGUUAACCAUAGGAAUGUUGUGAAGCUCUUGGGGUGUUGUUUCGAAUCAGAGGUUCCCGAGCUUGUUUACGAGUAUAUACCAAAUGGCACGCUAUUCGAACAUAUUCAUAAGACAUUAUCUAGGUUAACAUUGGAGAAUCGAUUGAGAAUAGCCACAGAAGCAGCUGGUGCACUUUCCUAUCUUCACUCUGCCGCAUCCAUUCCGAUCAUUCAUAGAGAUGUUAAGUCUACCAAUAUAUUGCUAGACGGUAAUUACGUGGCAAAAAUGGCAGAUUUCGGUGCUUCAAGAUUAGUCCCCUUGGACCAAACUCAAGUGACUACAUUAGUACAAGGGACUUUAGGUUAUUUGGAUCCUGAGUACUUCCACACUGGCCAAUUAAACGAGAAAAGUGAUGUAUACAGUUUCGGAGUGGUUCUAGCAGAACUACUAACAGGAAAAAAGCCUAUUUGUCUUGAGAGGACUCCAGGGGAAAAGAAUUUGGCGACCUACUUCCUUGUGUCAAUGAAGGAAAAUAGGUUGUACCAAAUUUUAGAGCCUCGGGUGGUGAAGGAAGGGACCUUGGAUCAACUCCAAGCAAUUGCAGAGCUUGUGAAGAGGUGUCUUUAUGUGAAAAGUGAAGAGAGGCCUACAAUGAAAGAAGUGGCUAUGGAAUUAGAAAGUUUAAGGAAGUAUAGAAAGGAUCCAUGGGUUAAUCAACAAAGUCACGAAGAGAGUGAAAACUUGCUGUGUGACGAAGCACCAACAGACCUUUAUUCUUUGUCAAUAGGUCCUUCCACUGGUGACAUAUCUGGGCAAUAUAGUUUCGGUAGCAGCACGACAUUUCCGCUUAGUAAGUCAUUCUACUAAUGUUGGUGACAUAUUGCGCAAUAGGUAUACGAAGGUAAUGUGUCGGGCUUUCUAAAUAGCAUUGUGGGGUCCUACGUGCAGACAAAAACAACCAACUACCCGCGAUUUUAAAUUGGGAUUGCAUUUCAAUUUUGUAUGUAACAGAUAGAACAAGCGAAUGAGCAGUUAUAUAUUUUAUAUUUCAAAAA